AUGGAUUACGUCGAAGUGGCAGGUGAGGACAUCUCACCGGAAGAGUGUACAGCAGAGGCCGGCUGGCUCGUGAGCCACCGACAACGGGGCACACGAGCCCUCAACAAGCUAGGCCUCACGGCGACGAGCACAGCCAAAAACGACGCAGGUGGCCGGACAGGAAACCGAAAACCACUUCAGAGACACAGGAAACAGCGUCAGCAACCAGCCCUCCCACGCGAGGACAUAAAAAUCAUUCUGCGGCCACGAGAGGGCCUCGAUGUUACCAAGGUGAGCUCCGCGAGGCUACGCGACGGCGUAUUUUGCGCCAUCGGUCUCAAAGAGCAGGAAGCCGAGGGAGACCUGCUACGGGUCAACCCGGAGAAAAACAUCAUCGUGACAAGCACACCAAGCAUGGAACGAGCUAAGAAAUAUAACUCCAUUUCAAAAAUCUGCAUCGCAGGCAAGACCUAUGAAGUCACCGCGUACGCGGCGCCGCCAGAGGAUACUGCUAAGGGGGUUAUACAUAAUAUCCCAGAUUAUGACACCGCGGAAGACAUUACGCGCAGCCUUGUCUACAACAAGAACCCUACCAUCCUUCAGGCACAAAGAAUGGGAAAAACCAACUCGGCGGUCAUCGUCUUUGAGGGCAACAAAGUGCCCUAUUAUGUAUAUUACCGUGGAGCGGAGUACCGGUGUUUCUUACAUAAAAAAAAGCACGAAGUGUGCUCCACCUGCGGAAAAGUGGGACACCGCAUGGACGUCUGCCCGACGCCCGAAGACAAAAUAUGCCGCUCUUGCGGUGCAAAGAAUCCACGAGAAGGGCAUAAAUGUGACCCCAAGUGUGCCCUGUGCUGUGGGGAUCACCCCACUGGAGACAAAAACUGUAAGAACCGGUUCCAAACGCCGUACCUACUACGGAAGAGACAGCGAGAAAAAGAACGUCAGAAUGGCGCUGGUCAAUAUGGCGGGCACCGAAACGCAGAGUCGACGUCCGUUCUGGGUGGCAGCGAGGGCGGCGGGAGAACGAAAGAAAGGGGGACGAGAGAUCGUUCGGGCUCCUUCCCACGUCUACCCCACCGCGGAUCAUGGAGCGACAACGACGCGGGACAGCGGCAGCAGCGCCGGUCAAGAUCUAAGUCAAGAUGCCGGAGCCCUAACACCCAAGGCCGACAUGAGUCAAGAUCGACAUCCCGAGGCGGCCGACACGAGACUCCGGGAGGAACCAAGCAGAACAAGGUGAGCUGGGCUAGCACGGUCUCCCACAGCUCGGCUCCGCAGAAUGCAAAGAAAAAGAUUAUCAACCAAACUAGCGCGCAACAGGCAGACAGGCAGCAACAGGGGGAACUCACCAAAAUCAAGCAAAUGCUAGAGAUGGUAGUCGCCGAGAAUACAAAGCUAAAAGCUGAAGUGGCAAAACUAAGAGGAAGCGAAAACGCCGACAAACUAGUCCCCGAAACGCAGGGUCCCUCGAAAUCGCAGGCCCCACCGCCAGACCAGGGCAAGGCAAACACACCACGACCCACACAGGUCCUGCUAGCUGAGGACUCGUCCAGUGACGAGAUGGAAAACUCGGAGCCCGAGUCUCCUCCCCCGAAGCGUAAGGCGAAAGACCCAACAAUAACAAACAUCCCAAGGCUCCCAAAGAGAGCAGAAAAAAGGGACGCAGAGACACUGCAGCAUUUCGGGGAGAAGCUGAGCGAAAUGCUCACCACAAAAUUCGAAGCCAUGCUGGCGAAAUUUGCCGAGAGCAUAGGCACGCAAAUCGCAGCACUUAACGCUAGGGUAACGGCGAUUGAGGCCACCUCACCGCGCUUCACCGGCGGGGGAGGAGGAGCAGGGCCGAUGAAAUCCACCAAGCCUUACGCCAGACCCUGGAAUUGCCGCGGGUACCGCCGCAAAAGGGGGAACCUACAGCAAUUCAUAGACAAUAAAAUAGCAGGAGAGGCGCCAGACGUCAUAUGCCUGCAAGAAACGGGAGCUUUGGCUAAACUUUCGGGGUACAAACCGUACUACAGUGAGGAGGAACCGGCCUCGGACGAUAAACGUAUAACAGUAGCGACCCUCGUUAGACGUAAUCUGCCGGUUAUACGGCGCGAUACCGGCGUAACUACCGUGGACCACGUCCUCGUGGAGAUCAUCUCAAGCCAAAAAAGGGGCAUGGGAAGCCUAUUUGUAUUAAACGUAUACAGCAACCCACGCAAGCAACAUAGAUUCGCGAACCUGUUUCGCAAGACAUUAGACAUUGCAAAGCGUCAAACACUAGUGAUAGUAGGUGAUUUCAACGCACACCACCCAGCCUGGGGAUACAAGCGGGAAAUGAUCAAAGGACGGAAUCUCUGGCUGGAUGCCCAGCAGGAGAGGCUGUCUCUGGUCACCGACCCCGCGUACCCCACUAGGUUGGGAAACAGCGUAUGUGCGGACACCACGCCGGACCUAACAUUCACAAAGAACGCUAAAAAGGAAGCCGAGUGGCUAAACACGCAGGAAAAUCUAGGAAGUGACCACUAUAUAGUGGCCACAAAACUAGAAGCGGGCCCCCACAAACCAAAAAAGGGCACGCAGCUUAAGAUCGUCGAGUGGGACGAGUUCAGGGAACUAAGAGCAGCCGAACGUUAUUCAUACGAGGACAAAACAGAACCGCACGAGAUUGAGGACAUCGAGUCGUGGGUCGAACAGCUUCACACAUGCGUACAGAAAGCAACAAAGACCAUUCCGGAGGAAGCCGAACUAACACAAGCCGACGCUAAGCUUCUGCACAUGUGGGAAGCGAAGCAAGGCUUGCAGAAAAGGUUAAACAAACAAAAACUAAACCGCGCACUUCGUCGACGUCUAGCGAUCCUUAAUAAAACAAUAGAGGACUACGCAAACCAGCUGUCGCUCCAAAACUGGCACAGCACGUGCGACGGUAUGGAACUACAGAUGGGCCUUGCAAGAACCUGGAAUAUCCUUAGGUACUUAAUCGACCCAGAUAAAAGUAAGACCACGCAGAAACACAAUUUAAGUAAAAUUCUGCACACCUACCAGGGCACGAACGAUGACCUAAUCAAGGAAGUCCGCAACAGAUACAUCGGGACCAAUCCAAAAGAACAACUUAGAACAUACGCUGGAGCCUCGAAUGAGACUCUUGACCAACCGUUUACGACGGCGGAGGUGCGGGGAGCCAUACUAGGUCUCCGCACCAAAUCCGUUCCGGGUCCGGACGGGGUAACAAACACAAUGCUGAGGAAUCUAGAUGACGACUCCAUCGAGGCUCUCACCAAGUACAUGAACAAGUGCUGGAAGGACGGUAAAAUCCCCACACAAUGGAAGACCGCUAAGGUUAUCAUGAUACCGAAACCGGGCAAAAAGCUAAAUCUGGAGACCCUGCGGCCCAUCUCGCUCACCUCAUGCGUGGGGAAGCUGAUGGAGCACACAGUGUUAAACAGACUAAACAAGUAUAUGGAUGAGAAGGGACUCUUUCCCCAUACCAUGAUAGGUUUUCGGCCCAGGCUCUCGACUCAAGACGUGAUGCUGAGGCUCCAACAUCAAAUUAUAGAUGGGGAGGAAUGUUCCCCGCUAGACACCAGGGCCAUUGUGGGGCUCGACCUCACAAAGGCGUUUGAUAAUGUAAAACACGCAGCAAUUCUAGAGAACUUAGAACAGUUGGAGGUAGGUCAAAGGACCUACGACUACAUCAGGGAUUUUUUAUCUGACAGGACGGUCACCCUGACAGUAGGGGGGGUUGAGUCUGGCGAGCUGGAGUUGGGGAGCAGAGGCACGCCGCAAGGCUCUGUCCUCUCGCCUUUCCUCUUCAACGUCGCUAUGAUCGGCCUGCCCAGCCUCUUAGAGAAAAUACAUGGCCUAAAUCACAGCCUGUAUGCUGACGACGUCACACUCUGGGUGGCUGGCGGCAGCGACGGGCACGUGCAGGACACACUACAGCAGGCAAUAAACGCGGUGGAAGGGUACGUGGAACCGAAAGGCUUAAGCUGCUCCCCACAAAAAUCGGAGCUGCUCCUUUAUCGGCCAACCCGGAGAGGGCAGAAAAAGGAAGCAACCACCGAAAAACCACGAAUUCAUCUAUACGCUUGCGGGGGGCUGCCCAUCCCGGUAGUACACAGCAUUAGGGUCUUAGGCUUGAAAAUUCAGGAGAACGGCCACAACAUUGAGACAAUCCGAACACUCGAAAAAAGUGUGUGUCAAACCACCCGCCUCAUUUCGCGGAUAGCCAAUAGGCAUCACGGAAUGAAGGAGGGCAACUUAAUCAGGCUGGUCCAGGCAUUCGUCCUGAGUCGAGUAACCUAUGUCGCUCCCUUCCUUGACCUCAAGGCAGAUGAGCGCAACAAAAUCAACGCUUUAAUAAAAAGGGCUUACAAGCAGGCAAUUGGCAUACCAAUCACGACCUCCAACGAGCGCUUUGAAGCACUAGGAUUGCACAACACGCUAGACGAGCUUGUAGAAGCACAGAGGAUAGCGCAGAUGGAAAGGCUCACCAAGAGUCCGACUGGCAGACACAUCCUCCAGACGCUACAUAUCAACUACGAAGGAAGACUCGGGGAAAAACACGACAUUCCACCCGAUAUCAGGGUGCAUAUACAUAUCCCACCAUUACCAAGAAACAUGCACCCCGAACACAAUACGGAACGCAGGCAGGCCAGAGCACAAGCACUAGAUAAAAGGUUCGCACACCUCGAGGACGUGGUUUACGUGGAUGCCGCAGAUUACAGUAGUCGCGACGCCAUGGCCACAUCGGUAGUUGAUCGAGAGGGCAAGUUAAUUAAUUCUGGCACGGUCUUCACGACUUCAUCCGAGGUUGGGGAGGAAGCAGCCAUUGCACUGGCAAUGACCUCGUCCUCCCAGAUCAAAUUCAUAGUAAGCGACUCCAAGCCGGCAAUUUUAAAUUACACGAGGGGACGCAUAUCGUCCGAGGCACUCAAAAUUCUACGGACCGGUUUCCACGGAGAUCGAGUUAGGGGAGUUCACAUCGUGUGGGCGCCAGCUCACUCUGGCCUCCCGGGGAAUGAGAAGGCGCACGACGCGGCUCGAGGCUUAACCGACCGGGCCGACGUCACCAACAUCUUUGACGCACACUCGUUCCGCCGGUCGGACAGAGACAGGCUGGUUGCCUAUCGGGACGUGAUUAACCACUACAGGCUGGGAAGGGCUAAAUACCCCGCAGCAGACAGGACUCUGUCCAAAUGGCAGGCAGUGGCGUGGCGCCUUCUUCAAACUAAUACAUUUCCAAACCCCGUGGCGUACAGUCACUGCUAUCCGGGGCUUUACUCCAGCGCAUGUAAGCAUUGCGGGGACAGGGCCGACCUGCAACAUAUGGUCUGGGCCUGCCCCUUUAAAAAACAUAGAAACAACAGAAAUAGAACUCAAACUUUAAUGCUAAACAUUAGAACCUCCGAGCAGUGGGAGACCGUGCUGCUCAGCUCGGACCCGGGUGAACAGGUCCGUCUGGUCCAGAUGGCCGAGGCCGCCGCCAAGGAACAAGAACUCCUGGCCGCCGACUGAGGGGGGAGAGGGGGAGGCUCUCUCAGCACUCCCCCUUCCCUGACCCCAUC